GCCCUUCUUCCAGGUAAGAAAGUGAAUGUCCUUCCAAGAUGAGCCGGAUCACACCCAUCCACAGCUGGUCUGGCUCCUAUUACAUCAACAGUGAAAAGCGAUGGGAAAGUGGCACCCUGUCCCUCACCAGGACCAUGCUGUACUUUUACGCACCCCAUAGUAAGGAGAGUCUAGCCAAUUUCCGCCUUUCUAGAAUCAUGGAUAUCAAGAUGGAGUCGUCUAGUUUCAUCUUCAGCACCCUCACCGUGCUUGAAGAGGGCAACGUGAAACACUGGUUUGGCUCCCUGAAGCCCAACAGGGUGGUGGUUUAUAAUGUGUUGGAACAUUUCUGGAGAGAACACCUUUUGUCCCCCAGCUCAGAACCCCGGGGGGCGGAGUGUAAACCCUCUAAAGGCAAAGAGCUGAUCAGCCUGGUGGCAGGGGCUCAAAGAAGACUGGAGGACACUGGCAGAGUCCUCAGCCACCAAGGAGACCAGUUUGACAAUAUGAUGCAGGGACUAGAGAAGAUUGACUCAGAUCUGGGAGUGGCUGAUAAACUUUUGUCAGAGCUUGAGUCUCCCUCCUGGUGGCCUUUUGGUAAACUCCCCUGGAAGGCUCAGCAGGAAGCAAAGGCUGAGGAUGCUGCAAGAGCUGCUGCUACAGUUGCUGCUGCAGCGGGCAGAGAAUCCGGUAGAAAUAAGGUGAUCACAAGCAUCCCAGCUGUAGUGACCAAAGGCGGGGACUCAGACUUAAAACCCGGAUGCCUGUUGGUGCUGGUGUCCUCGCUGGAGGUACGAGACACAAACUGCCAGCUUCUUCACCGCUUCGAACGAAAUGAAGUCGACGAAAUCAGGGUGCACAGUCCGUAUGAGAUCACUGUCAGACAGCGGUUUAUUGGGAAGCCAGAUAUAUGCUACAGGUUCCUGUCAGCCAAGAUGCCAGAGGCGCUGUCAGUUUUAGAGAUGCAGUACAAAAAGAAGCUGGAGCUUACUAGUCAGUUCACUGCAUUUAAGGCAACUCCAGUCUCGUCUCCGUCUGACGCAGAGGGAAAGAACUGGAACGAAGGUUUGCUGCCAAGGUGCCAAGAGACCGAGCUCCCACUGGAGGUCCCAGCAGGAGAUCUCUCCCAGUUGCAGGUGCAAGUCCUCCAGCCAUCUGUCAGUCGGACUGAGGCCCAGGAGCUCAAACAGAUGCUGAUGCAGCUGAAGAAUCUUGCCCUGGAGGCAGAGACGGAACUGGAACGGCACGAUGAGGUUCUGGACGUGCUGACGAGCUCCACAGACCGGGCCACCAUGCAUAUCGAGAAGCACACCUGCCGCAUGAAGAGGCUGCUGUAGUUCUGGCAGACAAGCAGACACACUAUGGCACAUUCUGAGUGUAUGAGGUCAACCAGUGGGAAAAGAUAAAUAUGCUCUAAAUGAUUCAAAGGAACGUUUUCAGUUGCACUUGAUGUUUUAAUCAUAUACUGUAUAAAACAUGGAACUGGUCUCAAUGACAUUCUGCAUUUGAAGCCCAAAAUCCCUGUCCUCAUGUUGGAAAUGCUUGCUUACAUAUUCCCCCUUACUUUGGAUCAAUAGCAGUAGGGAAAGAGUUGAAGCUGAGGCGGGCCUUAAGUCUGCAUACAGCUACAUGCGCCCAUCUGUCAGUCAACCCAGCCUGUCCUGAAUUAUGUACAUUUAUAAAAAACCUUUAGCUCAAAUAUUAACAAAAUGGAUGAGUUACAAAAACUUGACCCCCCACCCCCUGUUCAAUUCUUACUAAUCAAUAAAUUAGAUAUUCAGACCCAAACUGUUCUUUUACCAGGCUGUAAACAUGUUAAAUGAUGUUGAAAAAAAUAAUUUUAACAUGGGACCUAAAGUGGAUUCCUUGGUUUUUGCAGCCUGCGUUUUUUUUUGUACACUGGCAUUGGCUUCAUUCUUCAACACGGGAGGUUAUUAUGACAUACUCACAUGGGUUAGAGUUGCAGGGAUUUCUGGGAAGUGCAUCAAUGUUUGCUGAAAAUGCUCACCACAAACACUGACAUUUGGACAUCAUUGAAAAUGACUAUAGAAACAGUGUUCUGACAUCUUGUAUCUCAUCUAUGGGAUCAUGCAUUAACAUGAUAUUUUAGAAAAACAUAAGUGAACCGCAUUUUUUCAAAUUCAAAAUAGUCAGUUUUAUAAUUUCACUAUCUUAUGUAAAAAAAAAAACAAUGUUGGGUAAGUAAAUGAGCCGCCUUGAUGAAGGGUAGCAUCUGUGCUCAGCCCUCUAAAUAUACAUCUUGCUAGUUAUGAGCAUUACAUACGGUUCAGAUGCCAUUGGCUCCACAGCUUUCAUCUCAAAACACACAACAAUUUUCUUACUAUUUGGAGUUGCCAUUUGACAAAAAAUUACGCUUGGUCGUCAACUUUUGGUUAAGAUUCUGUGCAGAAGACAUUUCAGUUUUACAGUUAUUGCAUUAGCACCUAAUUACUUCGGAGGAGAAAUAAAUCCCACAGCUCUGUUGAAGUCUGGUGGAGAGGGCUUUGAUUCGGUUCAUCUUAAACCUCAUCAGCUAUGUCGGUCAGUUGUUGUUGGAUGUUUAUUGCCCUCUUUUGAUUGAUUGAUUGAUUGAUUGUGGCGCUUGGUACACAGCCAUCAUUUAAAGACCCAUCCUACAAAGGACCCAGUCUGAAUAUAAUCUCAACAUCUACACUGGAACUAGCUAAUAUAACUACCACAGUGUAACAUAACCUUCUGUUUUAAAGAUAAUUUGAAGUUUUGAAGGCCUCAUCUGUUUUUUUAAUACAAGUAUAUUUAAAAAUAUGACAAAACAAAUUAUUUAUUCUGUCAGCACAAAUGUAAAGUCAACUGCAUGUUGUUCCCAUAGAUGUUGUUUAUAAGAUAAAUGGGAAAUAAUUCAAUAAUUUGCAAAGUGAAAGACUGACGGACUAAAAGUUUAACAGUGUUAGAGAGUCGUCUCAGCGUUUUUUAUGAUUCUGAUAAGAAUGCUUUCCCUUUUAUAACCUUUUUUUUGUCCCAGUGAAUUUUCUUUCUCAGUUCCAAUGUGUCACUAAUACUGUCUGCACACAGUUUCUCUGUAGCCCAUGUUGCAUGUCCCAUAUUACUGCUUUGUAUCGCAUCAAGUGAAAAUGUUUCAUCGAUGUCAACAUAUAGCAAAAGACUGUAAAUGUGCAAGGAUGUGCAAGUUCUGGCACUCAGAAAUAUAAAGUAAGACACUCUUCUCGUACUCAAUAAGAGUAAGCUUAAGAUGAUCAUGAAAACAUGUCCCUGAUGAGGCUGUUUAUGUCUUCCUUAUGAUGGAUACUAUUUGAAAUCUGUAUUAUCUGUCUAUGACCGACACAUUUUAUUUUAGUUCAGUGAUUUUUAUGGUCUGUUCUCAAUGUAAACUUGCAAUUAGCUACAUACUGUAUGUGAACUUGAAAUAUCUUUACCAUAUUUUUAAAUAAUCAUUAAUUGCUAUAAAGAUGCAUCCAUAAAUGAUCUCUCAAUAUAGAAGAAACAAAUCUGUCAAAGCGUUUCAUUUGAAAUAAAGUCUGGAAUCAAAAUCAUUAUCAUGAAUAA